GGGGCGGGGGGUGAGAGGGUUACUGGGGAGGCGGGACGUGAGAAACGCUGGUGGGACACUGGGAGAGAAGGAAAAACUUUUCAGAAGUUUGCAGAAUCACAGGCAGCAGUUACAGGAGCCGCGGCCGAGCUGCGGAGGAUACAACGCGGGACUAAGAACGACAACGUCCAGAUUCAUUUCAUGAGAAUUUCCCCCACAAACUCCGGAGCCUUAAAACUCUUUCUGGUGAACAUUUUAAAGGAUGUAUUUUUACUGAAAGGCCGACUUUAAUACGCUGGAAACGUUUCCACCGAAAUGGAAGGGAAUAUUCUAUGGAUUAUUCUGUCAGUUCUGGUUUUUAUGCACAUGUGUGAAGGGUACCGAUGCUUGGAUAAAUCCAGACCCUGUGAAAAUGGAGGCACUUGUAUAGAGUCACCCUUCCGAUGCAUAUGUCGCCCAGGCUUCAUUGGUCCCCUCUGUCAGCACCUGGAUCCCUGUCAUCGAUCUCCAUGCCUAAAUGGAGGUGCAUGCAAGAGCCAGGUGAUGAACGGAAUCCCACAAUACUCCUGUGUCUGCCAGAGAGGCUUCAGAGGACAAGACUGCGGUAACAUCGACGCCUGUGCCACAAGUCCAUGUGCCAACGGGGCUCGCUGUACCAGUGUGAACGACCAUUACAACUGUUCCUGCCCGCCUGGCUACCAGGGAAAGAACUGUCGCAACGAUAUUGACGAGUGCCGAAAACCUGGCAUGUGUCUCAACGGCGGUCUCUGCCUCAACACCCAAGGGUCUUUCCGCUGUCAAUGCCAACAAGGAUACAGCGGUCGAACAUGUGAGGUGUCCACACUGCCCUGUGCCCCGUCCGAAUGCCUUAAUGGUGGAACCUGUCGACAGACUGGCGAGCAUUCCUAUGAGUGUGCUUGCCUACCAGGGUUUGAGGGACACAACUGUGAGAACAAUGUGGACGACUGUCCUGGUCAUAAGUGUAUGAAUGGAGGAAUAUGUGUGGAUGGAGUCAAUACCUACAAUUGUCAAUGUCCCCCAGAAUGGACAGGCCAAUUUUGUGCUGAGGACGUCAACGAGUGUCUCAUGCAACCAAAUGCCUGCCAUAAUGGUGGCACUUGUUUCAACACCAUUGGUGGCCACACCUGCGUUUGUGUCAAUGGUUGGACCGGCGAUGACUGCAGUGAGAACAUUGACGAUUGCGCCACAACAGUUUGCUUCAACGGCGCCACUUGCCACGAUCGCGUAGCAUCUUUUUUCUGCGAGUGCACUGUCGGAAAGACCGGUUUGCUAUGCCAUCUGGAUGAUGCUUGUGUGAGCAACCCGUGCAACGAGGGUGCCGUGUGUGACACCAAUCCGCUCAAUGGCCGCGCCAUUUGCACCUGUCCUGCUGGGUAUGUGGGAGGUGCUUGCAACCAGGACAUGGACGAGUGUUCGAUUGGUGCCAAUCCGUGCGAACACUUCGGCAAAUGUGUGAACACAGAGGGUUCAUUCCAGUGUCAGUGUGGUCGCGGAUAUGCGGGUCCACGCUGCGAGAUUGACAUAAAUGAAUGUCUGUCCAUGCCCUGUCAAAAUGAUGCUACGUGUCUGGAUCGCAUCGGAGAAUUUACCUGUAUCUGCAUGCCAGGCUACAUGGGAACAUUCUGCGAGAUCGACAUAGACAACUGCGAGAGCAACCCCUGUGUGAACGACGGCAUAUGUCGCGACAUUGUCAACGGCUUCACAUGUACCUGUCAGCCAGGCUUUACCGGCACCACGUGUCAGAUCGACAUUGACGAGUGUGCGAGCACACCCUGCCAGAACGGAGCCAAAUGCUACGACAGGCCCAACGGAUUUGAGUGCCGCUGUGCUGAAGGCUAUGAAGGAACUCUCUGUGAGAGCAACAUCAACAAUUGUCAGCCUGACCCGUGUCACCACGGCACGUGCAUAGACGGCAUCGCAAGCUACACAUGCAACUGUGACCCUGGCUACACAGGCUACCGUUGCGAGAACCAGCUCAACGAGUGCCACAGCAAUCCGUGUCAGAACGGUGGCAAAUGUGUGGACCUGGUUAACAAGUACAUCUGCCAGUGCCAACAUGGAACCUUGGGCGCCAACUGUGAGAUAAACUACGACGACUGUGCCAGUAACCCGUGUGACUAUGGCAUCUGCAAAGAUGGCAUCAACCGCUUUGACUGUGUGUGCAAACCUGGCUUUACUGGUGCAAAGUGUAAUGUGGAAAUAGAUGAGUGCGCGUCUAGCCCCUGUAGGAAUGGAGGCACGUGUGUGGAUGAAGAGAAUGGAUUUCACUGCCAAUGUCCUGAGGGCUUCAAACCUCCAUACUGUUACUCCCAGGUGGACGAGUGUGGCAGCAGCCCAUGUGUCCACGGUUCAUGCAGGGACAGCAUCAAUGGUUACCGCUGUGACUGCGAGCCUGGGUGGGUGGGAAAGAACUGUGACCUGGAUAGAAACGACUGUUUACCAAGUCCCUGUCAGAACGCUGGUACAUGCGUGGACCGGCUCAAUACAUUCACCUGCAAAUGUCGUCAGGGUUUUCGGGGUAACCUCUGCCAAAUAAACAUCAAUGAAUGUGCCUCCAGCCCAUGUCUGAACAAAGGCACGUGCGUAGAUGGCGUGGCUAGCUUCACCUGUCGUUGCGAGCUCCCUUACAGCGGACCCACUUGUGCUGAAGUUCUUACUCCUUGUUCUCCUAACCCCUGUGAUAAUCAUGCUGAAUGCACCCAUACUGCUGACUACAUGGGAUACCAGUGUAAAUGCCAGCCAGGGUGGCAAGGUCAAUUGUGCAAUGUCGACGUGAAUGAGUGUAUCACGAAUCCUUGCAAGAACCGCGGAACGUGCACCAACACGAUCGGCGGCUUUGUAUGCUCCUGCAGAGCUGGAUAUACAGGACUGACUUGUGAAGCAGACAUCAAUGACUGCGCUCCAAAUCCAUGCCUAAACGGAGGUUCCUGCACUGACAGCAUUAAUUUCUACCACUGCAACUGUUUGCCAGGCUUCACUGGGAACCGUUGUGCUUUAGAAAUCAAUGAGUGCCAGAGUAACCCCUGCAAAAACGGAGGCACUUGCACAGAUUAUGUCAACUCCUACACCUGCACAUGCAGCCCUGGCUUUACUGGCAUCUACUGUGAGACCAAUAUUCCCGACUGUACUGAAAGCUCCUGCUUCAACGGUGGAACAUGCACUGAUAAAAUCGAUGGCUACAUGUGCACCUGCCGCUCAGGCUUCACUGGCUCGCACUGUCAGUACGAGGUCAAUGAGUGUGAUUCACAGCCGUGCCUCAAUGGUGGAAUCUGCCAAGAUGCCCUGGAAUCCUUCCGGUGCUCCUGCCCUAAAGGCUACGCAGGCAAUCGCUGCCAGACCCCAGUUGACUGGUGCCGGCGGUCUAUGCCUUGUCAAAAUGGAGGACGAUGUCGACAAAAGGAUGCUUCUUUCAUCUGUGAAUGUCCUAAUGGCUGGUCUGGACGCUACUGUGAUAUUCCGAGGGUGUCUUGUGAGACAGCAGCUCGCCAGAGAGGACUACAGACUGAUGAGCUGUGUCACCACGCUGGUCACUGUGUAAACACCGGAAAUACGCACUAUUGUAAAUGCCCUGCUGAUUACACCGGAAGUUAUUGUGAAAGCCAGGUGGACCACUGUGAAGACAAACCGUGUCGCAAUGGCGCCACCUGCAGAGGUUAUGUUGGAGGAUACCAGUGUGAUUGCAUGCCAGGGUAUACAGGGCAAAACUGCGAGAUAGAAAUUAACGAAUGUCAGUCUCAUCCGUGUCAAAACGGUGGUACCUGCAUUGACCUGGUGGGACACUACAUCUGCUCCUGCCCGCCUGGAACUCUAGGUGUCCUCUGUGAGAUCAACACAGACGACUGCGCUCCACCCCUGAGACUCCGCGGCGUCCCUCCGAAGUGUCUCAACAACGGCACUUGCGUGGACAGAGUGGGCGGAUAUCGCUGCAACUGUCCUCCGGGAUUCACUGGCGAGAGAUGCGAGGGUGACAUAAACGAAUGUCUCUCUAACCCCUGCACUCCAUCCAACAGUCUCGACUGUAUCCAGCUGCCGAACGACUACCAGUGUAUCUGCAAGCCCGGUUUCACAGGUCGCAGGUGUCAGAGCAGGUUUAGCGCUUGUGAGUCUCAUCCAUGUCUGAACGGAGGAGCCUGCUCUGUAUCCAGCAGCUCUGCGUUGGGUUACACCUGCACAUGUCAACUUGGUUACACUGGGCCGAACUGUGAAAGGAGCAUGUCCUGUCGGGAGUUGUCGUGCUACAAUGGAGGAAGCUGUGCAUUCACCACCAGGGGGGCUCGCUGCACCUGUCCUCCGGGUUAUGGCGGACCCCAAUGUCAGCGUCGCAGUAAGGACGGCUGCUCCGCCCAGCCCUGUCGAAAUGGAGGGCUGUGCACUGAAGAGACCAGCUUCCCGUUCUUUCACUGCCAGUGUCCCGAUGGCUUUACGGGAAAACGAUGCGAACAGGGCGUCAGAUCUACCGACCUCAUGACAAUGGAGUGCCCGCGAUCCGACUGUCACGAGAAAGCCAACGAUGGCGUCUGUGACCACGAGUGUAACAUACUGCCCUGUCACUGGGACGGUGGUGAUUGCUCUUUGGCUGCAAACCCCUGGGCCAACUGUGAAGACCCUCAGUGCUGGCGUGUCUUCAAUAACAGCCAGUGUGAUGACUCCUGUGAUAAUGCAGCGUGUCUAUUUGACAAUUUUGAAUGCACAAACAAAGAGAAAGUGUGCAAUCCAAUAUAUGAAACCUAUUGUAUUGACCACUACGCCAAUGGACGCUGCGACCAGGGAUGCAACUCAGAGGAGUGCGGCUGGGACGGCUUGGACUGUGCAGGCAAUGUUCCCGAGGACCUUGCUGAAGGUAUGCUUGUUUUGGUCGUUCUACUGCCACCAGAAGAACUGCUUCGCACGAGCAAAGCCUUCCUGCAAAAACUCAGCGCUACUACGCUACGUUUCCGACUGGAUGAAAACGGUGAAGCGAUGAUACGGCCUUUUACGCGCAAAGAAGCGCGCCUCAAGAGGGAGCUACCACCUCAGCACGAGAUCAUCGGAUCCAAAGUUUACUUGGAAAUGGACAACAGGUUAUGCACUCGGAACUCCAAGCACUGUUUCCGUAAAGCGGAAGCCGCUGCCGAGUAUCUGGGCGCACUUUCAGCAACGGACAAUCUCCGCUUCCCCUAUCCUCUAAAGCAAGCUUAUGGUGAACUUCCACGUGAUCCUGUUGUGGUACCUCUGUGGAUCUUACUGGUGGGACUCGCCUCACUGUUCCUCUUAGUCAUCAUCAUCAUUGGUAUGUUGAUUGCUCGCAGAAAGAGGGAACACAGCACUCUCUGGUUCCCAGAGGGCUUCUUCCUCAAAAAGGAACCAAGUAGUAACAAGAACCGCAGGGAACCCGUUGGUCAGGAUGCUCUAGGAAUGAAACACAUGCCCAAAACUGUGGAAGAAUCUCUUCUAGGAGAUCACAGCGAUCAGUGGAUGGACUUGGACUGCCCAGAAGCAAAAAGGCUAAAGGUUGAGGAGCCGAGUAUGCUCUCGGAUUGUGAGGACGCAGUGGACAGCAGACAGUGGACGCAACAUCACCUGGCUGCUGCAGACAUACGGGUGCCCCCCACCAUGGCCCUCACUCCACCCCAGGGAGAGUUCGAAAGCGACUGCAUGGAUGUUAACGUCAGAGGCCCAGAUGGUUUCACUCCUCUGAUGCUCGCAUCGUUCUGUGGCGGUGGAUUAGAAGCGGAGGUGGCGGAGGAGGACGAGAACGAGGAGUGCUCAGCCAACAUCAUUUCAGACUUGAUCUACCAGGGCGCAUCCCUUGCUGCCCAAACCGACCGCACGGGUGAGACAGCACUCCACCUGGCUGCUCGCUAUGCCCGUGCAGAUGCUGCUAAGAGGCUACUGGACGCAGGGGCGGACGCAAAUGCUCAGGACAACACGGGACGCACGCCGCUACAUGCUGCAGUCGCUGCGGAUGCACAGGGCGUCUUCCAGAUUUUGAUCCGAAACCGGGCCACGGAUCUCGACUCCCGUAUGUACGAUGGCUCCACCGCACUGAUUCUGGCCGCACGGCUGGCUGUGGAGGGAAUGGUAGAGGAACUCAUCACCUGUCAUGCCGACGUCAAUGCAGUGGAUGAAAUUGGUAAAUCUGCACUACACUGGGCUGCGGCGGUUAAUAAUGUUGAUGCCACUAUUGCUUUGUUGAAGAACGGCGCAAACAAGGAUAUGCAAGACCUAAAGGAGGAGACUCCUCUUUUCCUCGCGGCCCGUGAGGGCAGCUGUGAGGCGGUCAAAGUGCUGCUUGCACAUUUUGCCAACCGAGAGAUCACCGACCACAUGGAUCGGUUGCCGAGAGACAUCGCUCAGGAGCGCAUGCACCACGACAUCGUGCAGCUUCUCGACGAGUACAACACGGUCAGAAGCCCCCAGAACCAUGUAGGGGGUGGGCACCACAUCAGUGGGGGACACACCCUUUCUCCUCUCAUGUGCCCUCCUAGCGCCUUUCUGCCCAGUCUGAAGACCACUCCGCAGGGAAAGAAAAACCGACGGCCUGGUGCUAAGGGUUCCAAUCUGGGAAAUCAACACGCCGCCAAUAUGAAGGAGUCCGUCAAGGCCCGCAAUAAGAAGCUGACAUUGGACAUGCAGAGUGCUUUACUGGACAGCUCGGUCACCCUCUCCCCAGUCGACUCCCUAGACUCACCCCACGGGGGAACCAGCAAUGCGGGCUACAUCACCAACCCCACGUCCCCUGUGGCUAUGCAGUCCCCGGGGCUUUUCCACUCGUCCAUGUCGGUUCCAAACACUCCGAUGGUGCACAGCAGUCUGUUGGAAGGAGGUGGGCCUUUUGCUGUGUCCCUGGCACAGCUCAACGACCUGGGAACUGGAGGCAUGUCCUUGCAGGGACGUGUCUCGAUGGCCUCCGAUGUCAACCGCAGUUACGUGUUAAGCUCAGGCCAGUUGGGUCUCAACAUGGGCAUGGUCAGUCCCGUCAGUGUUCCUUUUGACUGGCACAACCGGAUGCCCCCUUCCUCUCAGUGCGGUCAGCAGGUGGUGAAUCUCAUGCAGAACAGUCAAGCCGGCAUGCACCCCCAGAGCCCGGCCAUGCAGCAGCAGCAGCAGAACAUGCUGAUGCGCCAGCAGCAGAUUUUCUGCAAUCAAAUGCUUCAGCCCACACCCGUUACCUCCACGCCCACUAUAAGUCCGGUUAAGGUCCCGUCCAUCGCUGAGCAGCAGCAGCAACAGCAGCAGCAGCAGCUCAUCAACCACGCUAUGGCCAGCCAGCAGAACAUGAGCACGUCCACCCCGCCAACACCACAGACCUCACAACCUCCACCGUCUUUCUUCCAGCAGCAGCAGCAGCAGCAACAGCAGCAGCAGCAGCAGCAGCCGUCUCAGCAACAGCUUUCUGCUCAGCCCCCACAGGCAGCGACCUCCGCCGGCCAGUCUUCUCAGGCUCUGCCCUCCCAGCCCAGCAGCAGCACAGCUGGGAUGGAGGAUUACCCUACCCCUCCUUCUCAGCACAGCUAUUCAACAUCUGGGCUCGAUUCCACACCCAAGCACUACCUACGUUUACCUAGCGAGCACCCGUACCUCACCCCGUCUCCGGAAUCCCCUGAGCCCUGGUCCAGCCCUUCUCCCCACUGCGUCUCCGACUGGUCAGACUCCACGCCAAGUCCGGCAGUCGCUGGCUCUGCCCAAACCCAAAUUACUUCAAUCCCAGAGGCCAAUGGCAAGAUGCAGGUGUUUGCGUGAAGACCUCUGCAUUAAAAAAAGGGACAUAAGGCGGAAGAAGAGAGAGAAAUAUGUGGACUGGCUCUCAGGCCUGUCGGUGUUUAUAUAUGUCAGCCUGUUUCCAAGAUUUUCAUUGGAUGUGGAUUGACUUUGUUUUAUCCUGAAGACCAUCUGCUAGUUAUUUUUGCAGAGGGAGAAAACGGUAAGGGAAACACGUGUUGUCUGAAAAUACAGCAGACAAUUUAAUGAAGUAAUUCUGUCACAGAUGGACUUGUUUUUUAUUAUUAAAAAAAAAAAAAGUAUAUGAAGAAAACCAAGUCUUUUAUUGCAAAGACUUAGGGACGUUCUUCUCGAAAAACUAACAAUUUAAAAAGCAGGCAUUUUAAAAAAAAAGUUAAAUGUUGAAGGGAAUUCAUUUAUUUUAAUUUAUUGUUUUUAUCUCUCUGAAAAGAAAUUUCUUUAGUUUUUCUCUUCUUUUUUUUUUUCAUCCGCUUUCUUCCUUAGCCUCUCAGCUAUUGUACUGCCCUCUCCUCCUGUAGGCAGGUUCAUUUAUUAUGUAGACUAGAAAGACAAAUGCUCACUUCUUGACUUAUAUUUAUUGAGGCCUACAACAGCGGUCACUCGGGUCUAGCGAACCUAUGACUGGAGUCGCUUGUACGUAGUCAUAUUUGAUGGAAAUGUGGUGUUCGAUGUUUUAAGAAUGAGUAUUAUUUGAGAGAAAUAUAGAUGAGUGUUUCUGAAGCACUUCCAGGUGAGCAGCUUCAUAGUAGAGUGGGUCAAUAUUAUCGCCCAUGGAGAAGAAAUCGAUGCAGCCAUUAAGCAAGCCCUAGAAAUUGACCAAAAGUGCUAUGCUGGUUUUGACAAUGUUCACACAAAAAAAAAGCACAGAAAAACCAGUGUUGGUUAGGACCAAAUGUCGCCCCCUAGUUGAGCCUAAGCACCAAAGGCAGUGCGAGAGUCUUGUGUAAAGCAGUCGAUUAAAACUAUCAUCAGGCUCUGUAGACUCGAAAGAACGCAAUUUCCAAGGGUCCCCAACCCCCGGUCCAGGGGCCGGUACCGGUCCGUAGGUCAUUUGGUACCAGGCCGACACUGAAAAAACGUACUUCAGAUUUACCUGUGGAACGUAACUUUUUGCUAUCGACAGACAACAGAGUAAGCAAUUGCAAGAGCUUAACACACUCCAAAACCUCAACGAUCUAUCUACAAACAAACCUCAGAGGUUGUUUACCAAUGAAACUACCUUGCGUAAUAAAUACCAAAACAAUUAUAUGACUUAGAGGUCAUGUCAAAGUACUUCUAAAGCUAUUUUUGCUUCAAGUUCAAGGACGGUCAGAACGAUGGUGCGAUACUACCAGUCCGUAGUAAUGGCUGAUACCGGUCCUUGGUACAAGAAAGGUUGGGGACCGCUAUUCUAAACUUAAAUUUAUUAAAGGCGCUAAAUAGGGACAUAAGGCUACUUUUCAUGUGUUUUAAUACGUCAACGGACAUUUUUUCCAGUUUGCGAUUUGAGAAACAUUGUUCAUGUCUUCCUUAUGACUGUCACCAAAAGCAGCAGAGCAAUUGGUCCUUCAUUUCGCUUCAUCCACAAUUUGAAUCGCAGUAGCUGCCUUCAUUUCUCCGGGUCAGUUUUUGGUUAGCAUAAAACCACGGUGGGUAUUUAUAACUUUCGGGCAGCUUUUACUCCUUGGGAUUUUUACUUAUGGUCUCAUAAGAGAUGAAUUAGCAGAGUUUAGAUUUUAUGCUAUUUCCACCUGUAGUGUCUCUAAGAUUCGAAUAACACUUACCUCUCGUUGGACUGUCACUAUUUCAGUUUUUAAGCUUUUUCUGUUUUGUUUUGUUUUUUCAAUUUAAAAAAAAAACAACUUAACUACAAAUCCCACUGCCUUUCUUGUUUUGUUACACUUGUUAUACACUGUAUAUUUGAUUUUUUUUUUCUUUGUCAUAGUACGUCACCGUAUGUUAACGGCUGCUUACCACUGUUCUCACAAACAUUCCUAGAAUCUGGGCGUCCUAGCUGGAAAGCCGCAUUUCAGCGGCACUAGGUGGGAAACAGUAAAGGUUAAAGGGAUAGUUCUGAUUUUCACUUGCUAUUAGUUGAUACGUUUUUCAUUGACAGCAAGGAUGCUUUACAUUGCAUAAACAUUCAUGACACUCACAUCAUCAAGUCCUAACCAACCGUGGUGAAAAUGGACACUGGCUUCUCACUCAUUCAGUCAAUCCAUCAACGUCUUGCUCGUCUCUGUGAACUCGAAAUGAUGACUUUCUCUAUGGACAGCAACCCAAGACAUUCCCCACCUGGUAGAUUACAACAUACAUCCACACCUGAAAAAAAUGAACUGCUAACUGAGGUCAGGUCAUGUGCCUUACUGGACUGUGAUAAGUAUCACGGUACUGGAUCAGAGCCACUAUUUUUUCAAUGCAGUUUUUUUUCGUAAGCGUGUUAUGGUAUCCAGCAGGAGCAUUUAUACUGCAUCUUAAGUAACGUCCAGUCCAGGAGUCGUGACGUUGCAUCUCUAGUUGCAUGUUGUAAAGAGACGCUACUAUGUAGUGUUGCACCUUUUAAAUGUUGCUGUUUUUCAAAAUAGAAUAUUCAGAGAUUAAAAAAAAAAAAACCCUCGCCUUUAAACUAACACCGUUGUCUUACAUCUGACCACAGCUUUAAUCAAGUGACAUUUUAAAUAUAAUUUCAACUAAUAAUCCUGUAUCCUUUUUUUUUUUUUUCAAACAUAAUAACCAGGCCACUACCGCGAGCUGCUUGUUUUUGAGUUGGUGUACAGCUCUGUUGUUACUCAUUAGUCCUUACUAUAAGCAUCAAGAUGUUGUUUAAUAUAGUUUACAUGUAUAUUUAUAUAGUAUGUAUAUAUUCGAGCUGUCGAAAGAAAAAAAAUUGAAUCUAAUUAAUUUCAGGAUAGCUGUGGCUCAAUCAUGAUUAGUCAUGAUUAAUCAUGAUUAAUUGAAAUUUGUUUGAAAAAUUUUAAAUUUUAAUCGGAUUAAUUUCGGAAAUUGACUAAAGUGUUACUUUUGACAGCCCCAAUAUAUAUAAAUAUAUGUAUAUAUAAAUAUGAAUAUAUAUUUAUAUAUACAUUUAUAUUUAUAUAAGUGUGUGUGUGUAUGUGUGUGGUCAUUUCAAUAUCUUCAGCAGGUCACACCAACUGCUACUAACAUUUCCAACUCUCAGCAUCUGUUUGAAUAUACUGUAUUUUUGCUCGGGGUAGAACUCUUAUGUUUGUUUAAAACAUUUUAUUCAUUAACACAAAAGAACAAAAGUUGACUUUUUAUUUAGUUAUUUGACACAAAGGCUGUGAUUAAUGUUUGGGGAGGGGAGCGGGGGGGUUGGCAGGGGUGUGUCAUGUUUCGUUAGAAGAGUCAUAGAUUAUAUUUUCUACCACGAUUCAUUCCGAUACUUGGUUAAAAAUAGUUCAAAAGGAUCAAUGUAUAUAAAUACUUUUUGUUUACUACAGCUUGUUUUUUUUUUCUUUCCUUUUCAUGUUCAAACGUUGUAAAAUAAGUUACUUAUAAUAAAAACUGUAGGAAACUA